GACAAUACCAAUGGAGUGCACAGUUUCCACAAAAGCUUGUUGCCAUCCUCUGUUGCCUAGUUUUUGCAGGUUAAUGUGGCUUUUCAAUCCUUCGUCAUGCCAUCAAGUUGGCAAAGUGGUGUCGUCAAAAGGGGGGAUUGUUAUUGACGGCUCAAUCUUUUUGUUACCAUCAAAGCCGAUGUUAGAAGUGUUAAAGGAAGGUGAAGUGGAACCCAAUUAUCUCGAUUUCCUUGAUAGAAUUGAAGAGGCUGCUCACAUUGGAGAUAAAGAGAAAACCGGAAUUUCGGCAGGAAUCAUUCAUAGGGAUUUUGUUACAAUUGAGAAUGCUUGGGAGAAUUAUGUUCAUGUCAAUCCUCAAGCAAUGUUAUCUGUUUUGACGGUGAUUCAAAGUACACUCAAACGCAAAAAGCAAGGAUUUGAUCACCACGAAAGUCUCAAUUAGAAGCGAAAUGUAAUGUUGCAGCAGAGAAGAGAGGCUGAGGCUGUUAAUGGAGAGCAAGACAAUGGUGAGGGAGAAGAUGGUAGAGAAAAAGAGAUGAAAGAAGAGUUGGCAGAAGGAAAAGAGGGGGUGACAGAGGGGGAGGUGGCAGAAGAUUUGGGGAUCUUGGAAACGCCCGAAGAAGAUGCUACCAAUGAUGCCAAUAGUCCAGCUCUGGUUACUCCGCGAACCUGUCACACUACGCAAAUUGUUAGUGCUAACGGGUUCGAUCCUGUUUCUCCUACCCUCAGGAAUCCUGGAGUUGAUAACACGACACUGGAUGGUGAUUGGUUAUCGACUUUCUCAGGCUCUGUUAUUGAAAGUACAUUGGAAGAUGUUGAUCCGAAGGAGAAUGAUUACAUGAAUCCUUUAAAUCACGAUCGACGACCGGGUAUGGGCGCUUCGAUUGAAUUUCAUUUGUUAUAGAGCUUUGAUCCUCUUACCUGGGUUGUGGACAACGACAAUGUUGUGUGGCAAUUACA